ACCCAUCAACAAACAGAAUACCAAGAUACCCCUCGUAAACCAGUAUAAAUACUGCGGCCUUCCCAUCUUCCAUUCUUCCUCCUCCGAUCACAAUUACGACCCCGUCAAAAAAAAAAAAAAUCGCACACGAUUACCAUCCUCCCGUCAUGGCCUUCUCAGGGUGCAUGACUUGCAUCGACAUGCAAAUCUCCCCCGCGAUGGCCAAACAGCAUGUCGGGUUCGGACCAGACCACACAGCAGGGGGCCCAUUCCCAACUCAACCCGCGGCGGCGUCCUGGCCUGGGGUCGACGCCGGCGCCGCGGCGGCGGAGUGCGUCGACCAUCAGCGGCGUUUCCGGCGGAGGAUAUCGAACCGAGAGUCCGCGCGGCGGUCCCGCGCGCGGAAGCAGCGCUACCUCUACGAGCUCCGGGACAGCGCCGCGGUCCUGGAGCGCGGGAACCGCGACCUGGCGGCGCGCGCGGAGGCCGCGCGCGGUAGGCUGGCCCUCGCCUUGCUCGCCAACGCCGCGUUGCGCGCCGAGGCCGCCGCGCUGUCCCGUCGGCUCGCGGCCGCCCGCCGCGAUCUCGUCCUCCUCGGCCGUCUGUACGCCGGGGCCGUUGCUGCCGGCGGCGUCGACGGCGAGUGCUGCCUCGGGUCCACGGACACUGAGCAGAUGGUUGCCUCGUUGAUCGCGUAGCCGUACGAGCUGCCAGCCGACGCAGAGCAACGACGAGGACAGAGCACCUGAAUGCAGUGAAGAAGUUGAUCCUGAAAUCAUGUAGAUAUAUUAUUGUUGGAUACUCCUAUUAAUUAAUUAAUUAUUAAUCCAGGCAUGCAUGUUGAACGGUCCACGUCGCACGUGCGACGAUCGAUAUGUACGUAAUUGUUUUUUUUUCUUUUCUUUUUGAAGUAAAGAUGCACGUAGUUGUUUGUAUUGUACAGAAUGCACUGUCACAAAAGGUGUUGUGGUUCGCGGCACCAAAAUCACGGAUUUCAUUACAUCCACGAUCCAACGUUUUCUCAUGGACUAGCU